AUGUCGGUGCCUGGGCGCGUGGCUCCCCUUCCUCUGCGUCGGCGCCCCGCUCGUGCUUUCUAUCGAUUUCUACCUAUCUCCAGAGACCUACUCCUUAAGCGCUACUAUGACCCUUCUCCCUCCUUUAAUCCGUGCCUCGUAGUCCCUCGUCCCUUCUAUUCAGCUGUCUACCUGCCUAGAGCGCCUUUGCAUAUAACCUUUUGUUUCCCCAGAGGCAACAUAAGCGACAUCGCAGAUCUAUCCUCAGCGACUGACAGUGAUACUUCGGGGGUGUCUUUCCGGCCUGACUUCGAUACCACUGACGACUCCGAUUCUAGGGAUGCCUCAACUUUAACCGGGCUGACCAACCCGGAACCCAGCUAUCUACCCGAUAACUAUAACGGGCCGUUAACUUAUUUAAAACGACCUAUGCGCUGCCUAGCGGACGUUGGUGUUUUGCCUGAUUUUAGCGAUAACCCUAAUAACGAUAUAGACAAGGACCUUACAGAUAUACCGCUUGAUUAUAGACGUUUAGACCAAACCAAGGUUCAGGGUCGACGAAUAGAAAAGCGCUGGUAUAAGUAA